AUUCCUGGGAAUGUCGUACGAUCAAAUAAUAGCAUACUUCUUGUGUAUCCUUCGUGCACCGGGAAACAACCGCCGCAUUCCACGCUGACGGCAUAAACAAUGACGAUCGGGGGGGGAUUCUGGUCUCAGCCGCCUUCGGCUCGCCCGAGUCAGUCCUGGGAGCAAUGUCCUCCACGGAUCACCUCUGCAGCGUCGAUAAAAUACCGAAGCUUAAGAUUCUCGAGGAAUCUGACCGAAUUGCACGGAAAUUCCCACGCCUGAGGUUGGCGGUCUGGCGAUGCUUUUGGAGCUGUCAUAUUCCACCUCCAGGUUCGAAGCGCCUCCAAUUUCCACUCGGGGGGUGCAGCAGGCAGUCUUAUCCUGUGGAGUUCAACCGAGAAAGAUUUCGAUGGUUCGACAGGAGCAGUGAACCAGGAUGGACAAUCGACAUGGGCUUCAAGGCCGGGACCGGAGCCAACGCUGGAAGGAAUCCAUGUGCGGUGGCUAAAAAUGGCCUGGGGAAGUCCACCGGUCACACGGCGAUGUCAUCAUUGCAGAGCAUCCUUUCGUUUCUGCCCGUCGAUGGUUUUCUCCUCCUCCCGUUGUUUUUCUCUUCCUUCCUUUCUUUCUUUCUUUCUUUUUUUUUUUUUGUUGGCGUGGAUGGGAUUGGGGAGGGAUUUCUGGAUGGGAAGUUGAUGCGACUCGGUCGGAUAUAUCAAUCCCGCUCUCCCGCCUCGCCAAUCCUUGCGUCCGUCUCGUCUGCUGGACUCCGGCUCUACGGUGAACUGCACAUAAAUUCAAACAGAAGACAUAAAACAGAAUCAUCAUAGGUAUACGAGAAAAGAAAAUUUCAUAUCCUCCAAAGUAGGUUUAAUUUACAAAGUUCCUCGGGACUUUUGAAAAGGCCGAUGGGAGACGUCGUCUGGUCUCAAACCCAUGUUCCUAAAAGUCCCGACGUUUUCCCCAGACCUUGCCAGUAGGACAGGAAAAUAAACCUAGUGAGCAGCAGG